CGCCAUCUGAAGGCUUAGCGCAGCGCAUCCAUGCUGCAGUUUGGUAGUAAGUGAGAGGAGGCGACUGAGGCAGGUGAGGGAGAGAGAAAAAGAGAGAGGGAGGAAGAGUCGGUGAUACUUUUCUGCACUUCAGCACACACAGACACACACACACGGUGUGGGAAGACGACAGGCUCGGAGCCUGGGCAAAGCUGCUGUUGUUCGCACGCUGUUCUCUUUUCCUCCCCCUGGCACCGCGCGCACUCGCCAAGCCGCACUGUUUGGAGAUAGUCCGCGCGGAAAGUUUUUUUUGGGGAGCAUACUGUCUGGAGCCGAUUAAUUGUGGCAUCUGUUUUUUUUUUUCUUUUUGCAAGGCGGAUGACUUAUUGUUUUUGCAUGUGAGGACUUUAAAGUCGGGCGGAGGAAUUGUCAAAGUCGUUUUUGCACAGAAUGGAAGGUAAAUUGACGAGUCGUUUGUGGCGAGGAUCACCGUGUGGAGCUCUCCGCAGGUAAAACACGCAAUGACCUGAGCGUGCUCGCGGUUGGAUUUAAUGUUUCUAGCAAGUUUUCCCAUGCUUUCUGGUUGACAGAGAUUAGCUGCAGUCUGGAACAGCUUUUAUUUGGAUAGGGACUAUAAAAGUAGGCCGCUUCCAAUUAGAAGUUAAUCGACAUCUGACGUUUACGCCGCUGCAACUUUGGCUUGCCGUAGAUUGUUUCAGUUGUUUAAAUUCACCGUAAAGUCACGCACUGAUUCGUUUAAGGAACUGAUUAAUUCCUUACACUGUUUUGGACAUUUUAUACAAACCCACUGCUUCUUACAAGCUCUCUAAACUGUUGGGCGCACGGAGCGCAGUCACCGAUUGUUCACCAAACAUCAAACCGGAGGAAAUCUCGUUUUACACGUAAUUCACCCCAACCAAGCACUUUCCAAGAGGUCCGGAUAAAACGACCUGACUUGUGUGCAAAGCAGCGGAAAAGGAAAUCUGAAAUCCACCUGGCCUGCUCUGGGAUUAUUGGUCUGAUAUCGUCUGCAGAAAGUGGAUUAGAACCUCUGACGGACUGUGCUCCCUGAUCAGCGGCAGUAUGAACCUGAGGCUGGGCUGUGCGUGUCGGCCGGUUAGCUGGCCCUUUGGCACCGUGUUGGACUCCAGACAUUGUGUGUUUGCCCUCACACUCCUCACACUCCUGAUGCAGGUGGUUGUGGAGGCCAACUCGUGGUGGUCUCUGGCCAUGAACCCUUUACUGAUCCCUGAGGCCUACAUCAUUGGUGCCCAGCCUCUGUGCAGCCAGCUGGAGGGCCUGUCACAGGGCCAGAAGAAGCUGUGCCAGCUCUACCAGGACCACAUGCAGUUCAUCGGUGAGGGUGCCAAGACCGGCAUCAGAGAGUGCCAGUACCAGUUCAGACACCGGCGCUGGAACUGCAGCACGGUGGACAACUCCUCUGUGUUUGGACGGGUCAUGCAAAUAGGCAGCCGAGAAACGGCGUUCACUUAUGCCAUCAGCGCAGCAGGGGUGGUAAACGCGGUGAGCCGUGCCUGUAGAGAGGGGGAGCUCUCCAGCUGUGGGUGCAGCCGCGCAGCACGCCCCAAGGACCUGCCGCGAGACUGGCUGUGGGGUGGCUGUGGAGACAACCUCAUCUAUGGCUACAGGUUCUCCAAGGAGUUCGUGGAUGCACGCGAGAGGGAGAAGAGCUACCCGAAGGGCUCGUAUGAGAGCGCACGGCUGCUGAUGAAUAUUCACAAUAACGAGGCAGGAAGGAGGACGGUGUCCGACCUUGCCCACGUGUCUUGCAAGUGCCACGGGGUGUCAGGCUCCUGCAGCCUGAAGACCUGCUGGCUGCAGCUGGCAGACUUCCGCAAGGUGGGCGACUUGCUGAAGGAAAAGUACGACAGCGCUGUCGCCAUGAAGCUCAACACACGUGGGAAGAUGGUGCAGAUGCACAGCAAGUUCAACCCCCCCACCAGCCACGACCUGGUGUACAUCGAGUCCAGUCCAGACUACUGUCUGAAGAACCAAAGCACUGGCUCCCUGGGCACAGUGGGGCGCCUUUGCAACAAGACCUCAGAGGGCAUGGAUGGGUGUGAGUUGAUGUGCUGUGGCCGCGGCUACGACCAGUACAAAGCCCAGAUAGUGGAGCGCUGCCACUGCAAGUUCCACUGGUGCUGCUACGUCAAGUGCAAGCGCUGCACCAAAAUCGUAGACCAAUUCGUCUGCAAGUGAGAAGAGAGGUGCAGCCUGUGUGUGUGUGUUUGCAGACGAUGGGCAAACAUCUGUUUGUAUCCAUGAGCAGCAGCGAAAAAAGGAGUUGAACAGAGAGAAUGGAAGAAAGAAACUAUAUAAAUUAUAUUUAUAGAGUUAAACAAUUAUGCCAUUGCAAAAAGACUGACUCUUUUUCUUUUUAAAAAAAUGUUAUGUCUUCGGAAACUGAGAGUAUCAUGAAAUAUUUAUUUUGAGAUUGUUGUGUUCUAUUCUGGCCCAGUCAUCACCAGCCGAUUUAACCCCCUUCAAGUGCCUAAAACUGGCUGGGAAUCCUCACCCUCCCCUUUCUGAGUCCAAAAAAUACCAAUUUUCUUGUCAGAUGGGUCACACUGAUUGCAAAAUUGGACUGUGCUUCCCAUUUUGUUGAUUACAAGGCGAAGUCGUCUAAGAGGUCCUAGUUUGUUGUUUGAAAAUGACUGUUCUGAGAGGCCUGUGAACUGUAGUGUAUGGAUUUUUUAUUUUUUCACAUGGGCCCAGAACCAAACCAGCCUUCACGUCCUUACUGAACUCUGCCUGUCACAUGUAGAGUAAGGAAAACUGUUGUUUGGUACAAGUCCCUGGAGUACAAUAGGUACAAUAUGAGGGCUGUUUUGGGGUUUGGGCCAUUUAUUAAGCUUUCCCCGAAGCCUUAGAGGCCCCCAGGUGCUGCAACAAGCCCUCCACCAUUAUGCACUUUGAUACAGAGGCUUAAACCUAACUGUAUGUGUCUGUUCAACUGUUUUUAACUACAGUGCAUCAGCAAAUAUAUUUACUUAUAGUCUACAUUCUUUUCCAUAUUAAUUCAGAUUAUCCAUUUAACAUUAUUCUACAAUACUUAACAUGGUUUAAAUAUAUAUGGGCAAUGUUGUGGUUACAGUGGUGAAAUAUUCCAUGCUCUGUGUAUAUAGUAUGUCUAUCCAACCAAUCAAUAAACUGUAUUUAUUUUCUUACACAGAUCUUUAACAGAAAAGCAUCAUCUCCAUCAUAGAUUCAUAUUUAGUUGGACAGCCCAGAGUCUUCAUGUCACUGUUUUAAACAUUGUUUUCACACUAAUACAGCUUUUCACUGUUUUUCUAAAGGGAAAUGCACCUUAUUGUUUCGAAACACACGUUCUGUCUUCUCACUCAUGUUCAGAUUUACUGUUACACAUUUGUAUUAAUAUACACACAUAAAUAUCACAGAUGUUCAGAUUUGAUCUUCAGCACACUUUUUCCAGUACCACUCAGUUAACUGCUCACAAUCCCUGUGAUGAUUCUCCAUAGACAGACUAUUUCUACCAAUCCAACUAUGUAUAUUUAUAAGCUUCUCCAUGAACUUUGAGGUUUGUUAAUGUGUUAUAGCGGAUAUUUUGUUACUUUUUACAAAUUGGCUCAAUGCUCUACUUUGUUUCAAUAAAUAUCAAAUGUAAAAACAGCAAA